AUUGUUUAUGGUUUAAAUGGUCGUAUUUGGCAUUAUAAUUUCGUUUCAAUCAACAAUUCAACAUUAUUUAAAUUAAAAUAACAAGUGAAUUGCGAUGAAUUGAGUUGUUUUUACCAGUCUAACUAUUAUUUAAGAUUGUAACUAAUAUAAAUAUGGAUUUGUCAAGUAGUAUAAGUGAACAACUACGCAAAUUAUGCGUGGUAUUAUCGUCAGAUCCAGAUGCGGCUCAUGAAUUAGCAGUGUCAUACCUCACACCUACUGGUAAGAAGAUUCGAUCGAUUCGAGAUGAGAGGCAGCUGUGUUCCAAGAUACACUCUCAUCUUUUCUCAGAAUCAGCCAAAGAUGCAGAAAAAUUUGAUGAAUGUUAUUCUAAAUUGAAGCAAUGUAUGGUUUUCAAACAGCGGGCUGCAGUACUAACUUUACUUCUGACAUUAUCAGAGUCAAAGCAAGACAAACAAUCCACCCAUCAACUUUUUCCGAUUCCAAAUUUGCCUUCAUUACAAUCUGGUAAUGGUAUACCAGUUUCCAGUACUAGCAGCAAGGUAACUGUUGCAUCAAGUUGGGAAAACAAUCUAGCAAAACUGGGCUCCAAUCAUAGUCUUCCAUCAAACCAAAGCAACAUGGUAUUAGCUCUGCCAACAGAUAGUGGAUCCAAUGAUCGUAGUUGCAUCCGAGAUGUAGUUCUAGCAGCCACAGGGAUCAAAUCCCGCGGUGCCUGCAAUGGGCCCCGACCUAUGCAGAUGCUGUAUGCGCGCAUAGCGCAUCUAGGCUUCCUCCAUGACAGGCUCAAAGAGUUCAUUGACCCCAACUCUGGGUUAAUGCCUCAAGGUCUGAUGGGUGAAGGUUUAGUGUCAUCAAUAAGGGACGAACUUACAGAGUAUUAUCGCAGUGUUGCUCUCCUUCAGUCACAGGCAUGUGAAGGGGACGGCGGGGGAGCGACUCUGCGGAGGGUUGCAGUGUGGGCCCAAGAGCCUCUACAUCGGCUGACGUGGCUUGCCAACAUUGCCCAUACUGCUUACCACAAAAAAGGUGGUGAACUGGCUUCCUGCGUACACCGCUUCGUGAGGCACGGAGAUGAAAGAGUAGUGGUCCUGGCGCGGCGACUGCUGACUGCGCUUACUUACCCUCUGCUGCUGAUGCUCACUAGAUGGCUCUUACAUGGCGAAAUUGACGAUCCUUUCAAUGAAUUCUUCAUUGAGAGCAGAAGCAGCGUAGAGAUAGAAAGAAUGUGGCAUGACAAAUAUAGAGUCAGGGAAUGGAUGAUGCCGUCGUUCAUAUCGAAGGAGCAGGCGGCGCAGAUCCUCGCCACGGGCAAGAGCGUGGUGUUCAUGCGCGAGGCGUGCCCCAAGGGCUCCACGGACCCCAGCGACCACGCCGAGUGCUUGGAGGCCUUGUUGAAACAUACCACUGAAUCGGAUUCCACGGUACCCUGGUGGGAGGCGGAAGGGUUCCGGUCGUCGGUGGCUGACGCCCACUCGGUGGUGUCCCUGCGGCUGUUGGACGCGCUCACCACGCACCACCACAUCGUCGACCACCUGGUGGCGCACCGCCGCUACCUGCUGUUCUCGCAGGGCGACUUCGUGCACCAUCUCAUGACGCUGUUGAAGGACGAAUUGAGCAAGCCAGCUACGUCUCUGUUCGUGCACAACCUCACUUGCACGCUGGAAGCCGCCGUGCGCGCCACUUCUGCGCAGUACGAACCCCCGCAUGUGUUAGAGAGUUUACAGGUCAACUUGUAUCACAAUGGCGAUGGCCGCGACGAAUGCGGCUGGGACGUGUUCGCGCUGCAGUACCACGUGUCGGGCCCGCUCGGCACGCUGUUCCCGCCGUCGUGCGCGGCGCGGUACCGCGCGCUCUUCAGCCAGCUGUGGCGAGUCAAGCGCAUAGAGCAGAGCCUCUACGACGCGUGGCUCGAUCACGCCAUACUGCAGAAGAAAUUGAAGCAUAUGCCUGAGGUGUGGGGUCUGAUGCGGCGCGUGUCGUGCCUGCGCGCCGAGGCGCUGCGGCUGUGCGGCGCGCUGCAGGAGGCGAGCGGUGUGGCGGUGGAGCCGGCGUGGGAGGCGCUGCUCAGCGCCGCCGCCGACCGCCAGCCGCUCGACGCGCUGCUCGCGCUGCACCGCGCCGCGCUGGAGCGCCACGCCGUGCAUGCCAUGAUACACCACACCACGCAGGAGCUGCAGUCCUACCUAGGAAACGUGCUAACAGAAACUCUAGCGUUACGGAGGUUCGAAGCUAAGCUAAAUGCAGGAAUCAACGCGGAACUGGACCGGAGGGACCGAAUAGAGCAACUGAAAGCCGAAAGGGUAGCCAGAGGUGAAUUCGCUAUCACGGCUGCAGAAGAAGCCAAGGAUAAAGAAGAAAGGAAGGUGUUCCACCAGUUCUUGACAAGUCGGAAAGCUGAUCUGAAUGUCUGGGCUCGCACGUAUAGGGUGCACGUGACAUCGCUGAUUCUUAAGCUGGCCCUCCACGGCGAGGUGUCGCUGCAAACACUCGCCUUCCGGCUCGACUACAGCGACUUCUACAAGCGCGGCGACGCCAAGCUGCACCAUCCGCUCACCUACCAGCACAAGCGGCUCAGCGAGAUCGGGAUCAGCUUGGCUAAGGUACAUAAAGUGAUAGAUCGCUCCAAGAAGAAGUGACGUUUCGUAAUCACGAAACUAAAGACGGCGCCUCUGGGCUGCUUGCCGUGCCCGGAGCUCUGUUGUCUUCGGGUUAGCUGACCAGCCGGCCUAGCCAAGGUUACAAUCGCUAUCGCUUCGACAGCGAAAAGCUUUAUGUCUCUCUAUCACUCUUCAAUGUUAGUGCGACAGUGACGGAUGCGUUUCGAUCGCUACGAAGCGUAAGCGAUUGGCAUCUUGGCUACGCGGCCUGGACCUUACAACUAAAACCAAUAUAACGGACUGUUAGUGUGCAUCACAUGUGAAAAAUAAACGUACCUAAGUUUACUAGAUCUAAUUUGGAAUUCCAUUUUUAUUAAACUACUAAUCAGGUGGUGCAUGUCAAUUCGAUCACGAUAGACAUGGUGAUUUGGUGAACUGCCCGGCAUAGUAGCCGGUUAAAAUCCCACUAUAAAAUUCUAAGUAGUUACACUAAAAAAACUAAGUUAAUGACGCACCGACUGAAAUUGAGUCUUAGCCUCCGACAGGGAGGCAAUAACACUCUUUAACUUAUUAGUAGGUAUUUGUCAUUAAUUGUUUAAAUUUCGAUACCCGUAUUUGUAGUGUAACUUGCCUUACCAAGACUUUAUUUAGGUUGUUGUCAACUAGUCUGAACUUACGUCACAAAAAGAUAUUAGAGUUAGAUAGUUAGACCACGAAUAGUCUGCAGCGGAUUUGAUAGCCCACGCAGUGCAAGUCUGAUUUUAAACGUCAAACUUCUAUGAAAUUAUGACGUAUAAAUGACACUUGCACUGCGUGGGCUAUCAAAUCCGCUGCAGACUUUUUUUGGUCCGACUAUGUAAGAAAAAUCACAAUAAUGAAAUGUUUCAUGUCAUGACUAUAUAAUAGGCAACCUUUUCUAAUGUUGAAUCAUUCCUUUAGUCUUCCUAAAAUGGGUGUAGAAAGGAUAAUUGUUCAUACUGGUAUGGUGAUAUUGUGUCUUUAUGUCCUGUCAUGUCAACGCUAGCGUGAAUGUGAGAACUUGUUUGAUAUUGAAUUAUAUUCAGAAGGAACAGUGCUCUAUAUGUGUAACGAUCCGACCACAAAUAUAUUGUUCCAAUAUGUUGCAUAUAAGUUUUUUUUUUACUUUGAGGAGCCGUAUUGUGGCUCUAACAAAUUUGUGGUCUGAUUGCCACGGCCACAAAAACUUGUCAAACCCAAAAUUAUUUUCUAAUCCCUUAUGUAUUUAGAAUAUGUUGCGUUAACCCACCUUAAACUUGCCAUAGACUAAAAUAAUCUCAAAGAGCUUUGAAUGAAUAUGAAUCUCUAUAAGUGCCAUUAUUAUUGCAUUUAAUUUAAUUGAAAUAUCACGCCCUUAAUAAACAUGACAAAACGUUGAACAGUA